CAUAGAGCUUUCUCCCUCAUCGACAAGGGUAAUAGCGUCGCCAUCAACGCCAUCACCGGCACCCUGCUCGCGAGAUCUCCAGCGAUUUACAAUUCCCAAAUUCAGUUUCAGGAAAAGGGCCAGCCCGAAACCACAAGCCAAAAGGAACCCCUCCCUCUCCUCCCCCGAAAACGCCAGCCACAGAACCCCAAUUACCCCCUAAAGAUAGGGAAAGACGAGACUAAUUUAAUGAAACUCCCCUCUGAUUACAAGGACUCGUUUGUUGAAAAGCAUGGAGUGAAGCUGAGACUAAUGUCUGGAUUUGUUAAAGCGGCCAUUAGCACUCUACAGAAGCAGCCAAUAUUGAAUGUUGUUAUUGAGUGCAUUUUUUGUGAAUGCUGUUCUUGGUUUUUUUAG